AUGGCUCUUGUUUUGCGUUACAUGAAUAAUAGAGGUUAUAUUGUUGAACGCUUUUUAGCUAUUGUUCAUGUCUCUGACACUACUGCAUUGUCACUCAAAGAAGCAAUUGAGUCUAUAUUCUCUAAUCACGGAUUAAGCUUAUCAAGAUUGUGUGGACAGGGUUAUGAUGGAGCUAAUAUGCGGGUGGUUACAAACAAUGAAGGUUCUAUUGCUUCACUUUUUCAGAAUGUUGGUUGUUUACUUAAUGUUGUUGGAGCUUCAUGUAAGAGGUAUGAUAUUCUUAGAGAAAGUCAAGCUGCUAGAGUUGCUGAGGCACUAAAAAAUGAUGAGCUUGCAAGUGGAAAAGGUUUAAACCAAGAAAUUAGUCUUAAACGCGCCAGUGAUACUAGAUGGGGCUCGCAUUAUGGAACAUUAUUAAACUUAAUUAUUUUGUUCCUUUCUGUGAUUGAUGUGUUGAAAAUGUUGGUUGAGUUAUUCAAUGUCGUUAUAGAUAGGCAACUUCAAGAGCUCAACAAUCAUUUCUCCGUGAUUAACACGGAGUUACUUCUUUGUGCAGCAUGUCUUAGCCCGGCUGUGAAAGUUAUGGGGCUUGACAGUCAACUUGAAACUUAUAUUAUUGAUAUGUGCUCUAAUCCUGAAUUUUUGGGUAUUAAAGAGAUUGGUCAACUUGCUGAGAAAUUGGCUUCAAUAUUACCUGUUGCAACUGCAAGUGUAGAAAUGACAUUUUUGGCAAUGAAAAUUGUGGAAAAUCAGCUAAGGAACCAUAUGGGAUAUAACUUGAUGACUGAUUGUUUGGUUACAUAUAUUGAAAUAGAUAUAUUCAACAACAUUGAUAAUGAAACAAUCAUCCAACGGUUUCAAAAUAUAAAAUCUCGCCGUGGACAAUUGUGA